CUUUUCGUGAGCAUCACGAACGCCGCCCCACGCUAUCUGCUACCCGCGCAUCUACCACCUGCGUCUGUCUACUGUUUCCCUUAGCUUCGUCGGUCUGAUAGAGGUUUUUCGGGCGUCUGGGGGAUUUUGUUCGUGCGGCUGUUGACAAUCAGGCGCAACAUUUCUUUACGCCGCCAUCACAACCUGACAUCUUCAAGAUGGCAAUCUGGGACUCGAUAACAGGGCGCAAGUCCAAGGACACGGCACCCGCGCCCGCCUCGCCCCAAAAUGCCGACUUCGUAAAAGAAGACACCUUCCAACCCACACCCUUCGACCCCAAUACGGCCAUUCAAAACCCCUCAGAAUUCCUGCUCGACCCCUCACAACUGCAUCCUCUUGCCGGCCUCAACCAAGACACACUCGACUACCUAAACCUCGAAGACAGCGUCCUCUCGGACCUGCCCGGCGCACAAUCCGCUCUCCCCUCACGCGGCUGGUCUGACGACUUAUGUUACGGCACGGGCGUGUCGUAUCUGUCUGCGCUGACGAUAGGAGGAGCGUGGGGAUUAGCCGAGGGCCUGCAAAAGAACCCACCCAGCAUGCCCCCGCGGUUGCGCAUCAACGGCGUGCUCAAUGCGAUAACACGGCGAGGACCUUUUCUGGGAAACAGCGCAGGUGUGAUCGCUAUGGUGUAUAAUGGUAUGAAUAGCACGAUUGGGUACUACCGGGGCAAGCACGAUAUGAGUAACAGUGUGGUGGCGGGCGCAUUGAGCGGCGCGCUGUUCAAGAGCACGAGAGGGACAAGGCAGAUGGCUAUCAGCUCGGGUAUUUGCGCGACUGUAGCGGGAGGAUGGGCGAUAACACGAAAAGUCUUCUUCGAGCCCGACCUGAAAUCAGUCGAUUAAACCCGAGAUAAAAAGCGAUUGCGCCCAGCAACAAAUAACAAUCUACCGCUCCCCCUACCGAAGUAGGCCCAGCGAUAUCCUUCUCACCUUCGUCUACAGUUCGACGUUUCUCCUGCAUUUACACGAUCGAGUCGAUCUUAGCGCAUGCCCCUCCUCACCACUCUGCGGGCCUUCCUGCCCAAUCUUGUACAAU